CCAUUUCAUAUCAUUCAAAUGCAUUAAUUCCUUCACGUGCCAACUACACAUGUCCAUCUGUAUGAGACACCCACACCGUUAACUCUCUUUCUUCUCUCUGUAUCUCUUUACCAUACUUAUUUUAUGAUCUUUCAUUAAUUGUUAGUUGUUUGGUGUUUGUUGUCAUCUCUAUUCCCCAGCUCAACUAGUGCCCAAUAGACUUCCUUCCCUUUCUUUUUAUUUAAUAUAUAAUUCUUCUCAUUCUGAUAACGCCUCUGAAUUCAUUUCUUUCUGGUUCGGAGAAUGGAGAUUGAGGUGGAAAGUAGUAGUAAUAGCAACAAUGGUGGCGGUGCUGGUGAUACUAGCAGCUAUAGCACUUGCCAAAGUAAUGCAGUCUCCUCAGUCGGUGGAGAGGAGAGAGGUACAUAUGUGGUGUGGGAGAAUCUGACUGUGGUGUUGCCAAAUUUUGGGCAUGGUCCAACCAAAAGGUUGCUUCAAGGGCUUAGUGGGUGUGCUGAGCCUGGAAGAAUCAUGGCUAUUAUGGGUCCUUCUGGGUCUGGAAAAUCCACACUUCUUGAUUCGCUAGCAGGUAGACUCUCAAGAAAUGUGAUAAUGACUGGAAAUGUUCUUUUUAAUGGGAAGAAGAGGAGGUUGGGGUCUGGCGUCGCUUAUGUGACACAAGAGGACGUAUUAUUAGGAACUCUUACAGUAAGAGAAACCAUUACUUAUUCAGCAAAUUUGAGGUUUCCAACUACCAUGACCAAAGAAGAGAUUUCUGAUGUUGUAGAAGGAACAAUCAUGGAAAUGGGUCUCCAAGACUGUGCUGAUAGGCUGAUUGGAAACUGGCAUUUAAGAGGCAUUAGUGGUGGUGAAAAGAAGAGACUAAGUAUUGCCCUAGAAAUCCUCACAAGGCCACGUCUAUUGUUUCUUGAUGAACCUACAAGUGGCCUUGACAGUGCAUCAGCUUUCUUUGUCAUUCAAACUCUUAGAAAUAUAGCUCGCGAUGGAAGGACAGUUAUCUCUUCAAUUCACCAGCCAAGCAGUGAAGUUUUUGCACUCUUUGAUGAUCUGUUUUUACUAUCUGGAGGUGAAACUGUUUACUUUGGAGAAACAAAGAUGGCAGUAGAGUUCUUUGCUGAAGCUGGUUUUCCAUGUCCAAGGAAAAGAAAUCCAUCUGAUCACUUCCUACGUUGUAUAAAUUCAGACUUUGAUGCUGUAACAACAACACUGAAGGGAUCUCAAAGAACUCGUAUUGGGAGGCUACCACUAUUGUGCUCUCACUCGCACUCGCACAUGUCCAAGCCUAUGGAUGCUUUGGAUGUCCCAACAACAUCGGAUCCUUUGAUGAAUAUGGCAACAGCAGAGAUCAAAGCAAGGCUAGUUGAGAAGUAUAGGCGCUCAAACUACGCAAGAAUGGCAAAAGAUAGGAUCAAAGAAAUAUCAGCCGUUGAAGGGCUUGAAAUUGAAACAGAAAGUGAGAGUCAGGCAAAUAGGUGGAAGCAACUUUCAACAUUGACCAGAAGAUCGUUUCUGAACAUGUCCAGAGAUGUGGGAUAUUACUGGGCAAGGAUAGCAAUCUACAUAAUUGUUUCUAUUUGUGUUGGUACCAUCUACUAUGAUGUUGGAUAUGGCUAUACUGCAAUCUUGGCUAGGGUAGCCUGUGGUGGAUUUAUAACAGGCUUCAUGACAUUUAUGUCUAUUGGAGGCUUUCCCUCCUUCAUUGAAGAAAUGAAGAUCUUUUAUAGAGAAAAGCUUAAUGGGUACUAUGGAGUUACAGUGUUU